UUUUAUUGCCCUAUAAAGAUGAUCAUGUUACCCUACACCUUCCAUUGCAUCGGAAAAUACCCACCAAACAAAAAUCUAUCUAAAGUAGUCUUGCAUCACCAGCAAAUUAUACAGAGAGUCCCCAAAUCUCAUCUGGACAUAAAAGAACAAUAAGAAUCUUAUCUGUUUAGUAUCAUGGCUUCUGAUCAACAAUCCCACCAGCUUCACUUCAUCUUGUUUCCUUUAAUGGCCCAAGGCCACCUGAUUCCCAUGAUAGACAUGGCCAAAAUGCUGGCACAGCAGGGCAUGACUGUCACUGUAGUCAUCAUAUCACAUAACGCAGCCCUUUUGGAAAAGAGUAUGCCUCUUUCAAUUGAAUCUGGUCUCCAUAUUCGAGUUAUCCUGCUUCAGCUCCCAUGUCAAGCAGCAGGAAUCCCAGAAGAGUGUGAUACCAUCGAUGAUCUUCUUUCAAAUGGUCUUUCCCCGACUUUCUUCACUUCAACUAGCAUGCUACAGCAGCAAGUGGAGAAGUUGUUUGAGGAGCUGUCACCGCCACCAAGCUGCAUACUUUCCGACUUGUGCUUGCCGUGGACAGCUAAUGUUGCUUGCAAAUUUCACAUCCCAAGAUUUUCUUUCCUUACAGUGAGUUGCUUCUGUCUCUUGUGCUUGCACAAUUUACGCAUUCACAGUAAGGUUGUCGAGAGCAUGACAUCCUCGGAGUCAGACUACUUUGUCUUGCCAGGGUUGCCUGGCCAUCAUUUGUUCACUAAAUCACAGCUAGCUUUUUCCUCUGAUCCAGAUCCGGCAAUGAAAAAAUUUAACGAGGAAAUGGUAGCAGCAGACCUAGCCUCGUAUGGGGCUAUUGUGAAUACUUUCAGAGAGUUGGAGCCAGAAUAUAUUAAAGAAUAUAGCAGGACAAGGAAAGGUAAAGUUUGGUGUGUUGGUCCUGUUUCACUUUGUAACAAGGACAACUUAUGGAAGGCUGAGAGAGGCAACAAAGCCUCCAUUGAAGAAUAUGAAUGCUUGAAGUGGCUUGAUUCUCAGCAACCCUGCUCUGUUGUGUAUGCCUGCUUUGGAAGCCUUUGUAAUCAAACACCUUCCCAGUUGAUAGAGCUUGGAUUGGGAUUGGAAGAGUCAAAAAAACCAUUCAUUUGGGUCAUUAGGGAAGCAAAAAUCUCAGUAGUAUUGGAAAAGUGGAUUUUAGAAAAUGGAUUUGAAGAAAGAGUCAAAGGGAGAGGCCUUUUGAUUCGGGGUUGGGCUCCACAAUUACUGAUAUUGUCGCAUCCUUCAGUUGGAGGGUUCUUUACACAUUGCGGUUGGAAUUCAACCAUAGAAGCAAUAUCUUCUGGGGUCCCAAUGCUUACAUGGCCUCUCUUUGGAGACCAGUUUAUCAAUGAGAAACUAGUAGUGCAGGUGCUGAAAAUUGGUGUGAGGGUUGGCGUAGAGGAUCCUGUAAAUUGGGGUGAGGAGGAGGAGAAGAAUGGGGCGUUGGUGGAGAGAGAAAAUGUUAAGGAAGCCAUAGACAUGCUAAUGGAUGAAGGAGAGGAAGGAGAAGAGAUGAGGAAAAGAGCAAGAGAGCUCGGGGAGAUGGCAAAGAGAGCUGUUGAAGAUGGGGGAUCUUCUCACAUAGACAUGACACUACUAAUUCAAGAUAUCAUGCAGCAAGCAGGCUGUGGAAAAUCAGCCUAAUUACAAACUCAAAUGAUAAGAGUUUUUUUUUUCCACCUUCCAUCACAUAAAAACGUUCGUAUUGUUGAUUGCUAAUUUUGUCUUGGUUGAGUUUGAUAAAUAUAAUAGUUUCUAAAGGUGUUU